AUGAGUUACCAGAAAGUCCCUCACGAACCCUACCCUCCUCCAGGGUACUCAUCACCUUACCCACCACCAGGGUAUUCACCAUCAGCACCACCACCGCCACCGUACGAAGGGUACCCACUGCCUGGGGCGCCGCCGCCGCCACCAGGGUAUCCAGGAUACCCUCCACCGGGACCUCCACGUGGUUACCAAGGGUAUUUUGCUGAAGGUUAUCCACCACCACCACCACCGCCUCCAGGUCCGCCACAGUACCAACAGUGUUAUCACUAUGAACAUCAUAGUUACGAGGAUGAUGGUUGCUCCUCGAUGUUUCGUGGAUGGGCAUUAGGUAACUCUGUAUAUGCAAAUUUUGGGCAUAACUCGGUAGGAGUAGAGAGAGAAGUCUGCAACAGAAAGCAAAUGGAGGAUCAAGAACCUACAAAAGAUGUCAGGCUCGAAGAUUCCAGGAAAAUUCCCCUUUUGGAGGGAAAGCAUAAGUUAGGACACUUUCAACUACAGGAGAGGAGCUGCAGCUUAUCGUCUGCUAGAAAACUGAUCUUGACUAUUGUUUUAAGUCCUUCGUUAGAUGCCUACAAACAAGAUAGAAUAUAUUCCCGAACGCUUCUGCUUCUGCUGUACUACACUACUACAUACUUCCUAGCUUCUAAACCUGGAAUUUUCUUUCACCGAAGAACUUCUAUUGAACCUGACGAAAGAGCUUACGAAGAAGCAAGGCAGGUUAAGUACAUGGCAGCCUUAUUAACUCCGAAGGGGGACGACGUGUCAUAA